AUGUCGAGUUUACGUAAAGGUCAUUUGGAUGAAAAUGAUAUCAUGGAUAUAAUUAAUUUUGACAUAUCAGAUAUUGAAGAUGAAGGUAGCGAUGAGGAAUGCGACCUCCAAUUGGGUGAUCACGAUCAGUGCGAAGCAAUACCGCCGAUAAUAGAAGAGGAUUGGAACGAAUCUGAUGAAGAACCUUUAGCGUCUUUUGCUGUCGAGCCCCAAUCUUCUCGCGGUGACCGUGUACGAUGGAAACAUACGGAAAACUUUGGUUUUACUCCUGAGGAAGACCAACUGAAUGUCUCAUUUGAUCCAAGCGUGUGUGUUAAGAGCCCGUACGAAUAUUUUUCUCAGUACAUCGAUAAUAGCCUGUUUGAGACUAUGUCUGAGUGUACAAAUAUUGGUAGCGUAUUGAGGACAGGUAAAUCAUUAAAUACAACAUCAAAUGAACUCAAACAGUUUUUCGGAUGCUCUAUGGCCAUGAGCAUAUUUGGUCUACCACGAUUGAGGAUGUAUUGGGGAUUGGAAACCAGAGUGAAUUUUAUAGCAAACACCAUGACUCGUAACCGGUUUUUUCAAUUAAGAUCCAACCUGAAGCUUGUAAAUGAUGAAGCUGUUGACCAAACUGCUCGAGAAAUCGACAAGUUUUGGAAAAUACGCCCUCUCGUCUCUGGUAUAGAAAAAGGCUGUAGAGAAAAUGAACGAGACAAACAUGUCGCCAUUGAUGAACAAAUAAUACCUUUCACGGGUAAAUGCAAGCAGAAACAGGUGGUUAAAGCCGCUGCAGGAUGGGUGCUGUACAGAGAACAUGCUGCAAAAUCUGGGCUUCAGAGAAAAGAUAUUUCGCAGUAUUUGGACUUUAAACUAGAUUUGGCAAAACAUUUAAUUUAUUCGGAACCCACCGUUUCUCUGCCGCAAUAUUUGAGCCCUCAGACUCACGCGCACGUGCUACUUCCGUUAUUUGUUUACGACAACGCCCCACCCUCCAAAUCAGUGGUGGGGAGUAUUUAA